GCGGCAAACAAUAAUGGUUGAUGCCAGGCAAGUGUUCCGCGAGCUCAAGCUGCAUGGACUGACGCUGCAUUCGGACGCGCUGAAGCGGCUUCUGUCCGAACUGACGAACCAGCCGACGCUUCAUCUGGACGACGUGGUGUUUGCCAUCAAGAACAGCAUCGAUCGAAGCAAGCUGAAAUCCAGCGUUGUGUCGCAAGAUGCGCUCGAAAGUGCCUUGGACACGUUGCUGAAUGUGUCGUCAGACAACGACUACCAGUGCAUCCAAGUGUUCAACGCGUUCGACCAGCCCAAGCUGAUCUUUCAUCCGUCGACCAAAACGUACGAAGUGUCGGCCGACCCCACGCGGAAGCUCCACGCGAGCUCUGCCCACCGCCUAUCCCUCUUUCGAGAGCGAUUUUCGGCGUUGGAACGGCGCGUCCUCAGGCACAAGUCGUUUUCCAAGCCAGUGGCGGCAACCUCCUCCUCUUCACGCGUCGAAAGCUUCCAGGAGAUCAGUCGAAUCGAAUCACUCUUGGGGGUCACAGGCAUGAAGCGCGUGCUGGGCAUGCUCGGCCAGGACGAACGCCAGCAGGUGUACCUAGAGGACAUGACAUCGCGCAUCUACCUAGACAUUUCUGAAGCGAAAUACACCAACGGCAUAUUCACUAGCACGUGCAUUGUGCUCGUGGAGGGUCAAGUACUGGACGAUGUGUUUCACGUGGAGACUAUCGGGUCGCCGCCGCCAGAACUCCGCGAACAUUCCGUCCAAAUUCUAUCUGGCGUUGAUCCAUUGGGAGUGGAAAUCUCGGCCCAGCAACUCACCCAAAUCCAACAACUCGAACGCAACCAGGAGCUCGAUUGCUUUGUCGUGCUGUCGGACGUCCAUCUGGACGAACCCGCCGUGAUGGCGCGCCUGGAUGCGCUGUUCAGCGGAUACGAACCAUUCACCCCCACGCUGUUCAUCUUGAUGGGCAACUUCACGUCCUCCCCCGUCGGCUACGGCUACGGCGCCGAGUCCAAGACCAUUCGCACGCUCAAGCAGCACUUCGACGACCUCGCGACGCUCCUGCUCAAGUACCCGGCGCUGGUGGAGAAGUCGCAGUUUCUAUUUGUGCCGGGGCCGGACGACCCUGGCGCGCCCCACGUGCUGCCGCGCCAUCCGCUGCCCACCAUGUGCACGGACGACUUUGUGCGCAGAAUUCCGUCGGCGAUCAUGACAAGCAACCCGUGCAGAAUUCGAUAUUACACCAAGGACUUGAUCGUGUGCCGCGACGACUUGCAGCACAAGAUGACCAAACACAGCUUGUUCCGUCUGCCAACACACGACGGGCCCUCGGACGAUGUGUCGAGACAUCUGGUGAAAACGCUGGUGGACCAAGGCCACUUGUGCCCGUUGCCGAUUGCUGCGAGGCCCAUUCAUUGGGCAUACGACUCGGCCCUGCAAAUGUUUCCUCUGCCUGAUGUGCUCAUCUUGGCGGACAAGUGCAAGCAGUUCCAAGUCAACUACGCAGGUGUGUCGGUGUUUCAUCCGGGGCCGUUCCAUGUCGACUACUCGUUUGUGCUGUACCGCCCAGCGUCCAACACUGCCGAAGUCAGCCGCGUCGAUAUAGAUUAACUCACCGAACGACCAGUGCCAACAAAAAUCCACUUGAAAUGAUUCGCGUUUCUUCCUAUGCACCAUACACACACCAGCCUUUGGUUGGCACGUGUUGGCAUCCCAACCGCAACGAUAUAAUUCAUCAUCGACGUCGUCUGCAUU